GUUAAACAUGGAGUCGCUUGUGGGCUACGGGAGCGACAGCGAAAAUUCCGAAAUUGGCACCCCAAAUCGUCAUAAACAGCAGUUAAACCAACCUACCAUACCACUGCCUGAAAUGUUGAGUGCUAGUAAUGAUGGUGCAGCUCCCUCUGCUGCCCAGCUUCAGGCAGAAUGGGAGUCCUUUGCUGAACUGAUUGGUGAUUCGGCCCUCCAGGGUCCAAUGCCGGUAGACAUCAUGUCAAUACCUCUUCCAGAUGGAAUGCCUUCCCCACCGGCGGCUGCACCGCUGAUGAUACCAACAGACCACCCAGAACCUGAACAGCAAUAUGAGGCUGUUCCCACAGAAGUCAACCAUUCUUCAUCUGAUGAAUCUGAAAGGUCACGGACAAAAUCAAGGUCCAAGUCAAGGUCGAGAUCAAGGUCAUCAUCAAGAUCUUCCUCGAGUUCAUCAUCUGGUUCAGAGUCUGAUGAUUCAAGUGGACAUGCUGCAAGUAAAAAGACCAAACUGGUAGAAGCUCCUGACUGCUGCAAUAUUAUACCUGAAAAUAUACCUAUGCCGGAAGCUCCAUCGCCCAGUGCUGUGAUAAGUCCUACAGCAAGAACACGUAAUGACAGUGUCACAAGUGAAAAGAGCACUGGAUCUAAAAAAGACUAUGAAUCAACACAUGAGAAUGAUUCAAAAAUGUCCAGAAAGGACCGUAAUCCCAGUCGGCGACGACGUCGUAGUCGAAGCCGAGGCAGAAGACGGAGGAGUCGAUCUCGUGAUAGACGACGUAGGCGAAGAAGAAGCAGAAGCAAGGAUAGGAGGAGGCGAAGAUCUCGCGAUAGGAAGCGUAGCCGUAGUCCAAGGAGACGCAGCAGAGAUAAGAAACGAAGGAGUCGCAGCAGGAGUCGAGAUAGGAAGCGGAGGCGCCGUCGCAGUAAGAGUAGAAGUCGUGGACGACGAAGUCAAAGUAGGAGCAGGGAUAGGCGAAGGCAUAGCCGGGAACAGACUGGUGUCAAGUCCAAGGAGGGAGGUGUCAUGAAAAAUCGUAACUUAACAUUCAAGGAACAGUUGAAGAAAAGUUUCAUUGCUGCACAGCGCGAGAUUGAGAAGACUGGUACCUGCUCCUUGAACCUUGGAGAUGACAAAACAGAAUACAAACACAAUGAGAUCCCUAGUAAUCUUCCUUUGUAUGAUAACCCCCUACUGGCUGUGACUGGGGGUGCUGAUCUGACGAAGAACCCAUCUUCCAACUCCACGCCACAGUUGGCUUUCCUGCAGACCAUGCAAGCUAUGCAUAAGAAGGCCCAAGAAUUGACUGGUGUGUCCGUGCCAAAGUAUUAUAACCCAGCUGCAGUGAACCCUCUCAAGUAUGCUGAACAAGUCCAGAAGCGGAAGCUCUUAUGGUCAAAGAAGGAGGUCAAAGAGGAGGCUCCCAAGCCUGCUUCAGGCCAGUGGCAGGCUAGUGUAUUCUCCCAGGAUCAAGAUGGAAAAGUGUCUGCAAAGUUCCGUAAACUGAUGGGUAUCAAGAGUGAGGAAGCUGAGGCUACAGUGACAGCACCUGCGGGCACUGUUGAGGAGGUAAAGAAGAAACAGCAGGAGAUGUUUCAAAGGUUGGAUCAGGAAUAUGCACUGGCUCGAAUGGCGACACAUACACAUCGGGGGAUAGGUCUAGGGUUCUCGUCUCUGGGACUUUCUGCUGUGAGCACUUCAACAACAACUGCGACAACAUCUGCAACUGGGGCUGUGUCAGGAACAGUUAAUAAAAGCUAGUUAUGCCAGUCACUACCAUGGUGUCUCAAAGAGCUUUAUUUCUGAUGAAAUACCAAGAACAGAACAGUCUGUGAUGACCAUAUCUUUUUCGAAUAAGGUUUCAGAGGAGGCUGACAUGUAUUGGCAGGCACCAGGUGGACCAGAUUUUAAAAGUCAAAGGUAUAGGUGUCUGCACCAUCUCAAUGUACACUGAAACUAUUCGGUGACCCAGUUCCCUCACAUGGAGACCACAAUUGGGCCAUAUACGUAGCUUAUGCCUAUAGUCACCCUUUGACACUUUGUCAUGAGAGUGUACAAUUUUGUUCACCCCAGCUUUAGAACUCCUGUCAGAUGGUGAGUUGGCUUUGUAAACUGAAGUGAUAUUUCUUCGCAUCAAAAAGAAGUGUGUUAUGCAAUGAUCCUCUGCUUGUCACUGGUUAGAAAUUUGGUGCUCCGCAUUAAAGAACUGUCGCAGGUUAUUCUUCUGAUAAUAUUGUGUUGAAAUAGUUAUCUGGCCUUCCCUUCUAGGGCCAGUCUAUUAUAACAUGCCUCGGAAGACCUGUUACAGGAAUGCCAUAUUAUGUAGCUUCAUUGUGUUGUCAAAAGAACUAAGCGGGAGAAGACUGGGUGGAAGCACUUCUUGAGAGUUCUGUAUGUAGUAAUGCUUAUGUGUUAGGCCAGGUUUACAAUGGAUACGAUUGCAACAGCGCUUAGUUAUUUCACAACACACCUGACCCACAAGACACAAUGCAAAUGUUUUGUUGUAAAAUCACGACAAAAUGUUUGAACGGUUGUAUGUAAAGCAGCAGAAAUGAGUGUUUUAAUUCAAGAUGAUCUUGGAUCCUCCUGAUACAAUGAAGAGCACUAGUGUUAUUCUGUUGCUGCAAUCAUUCAGUGACACAUGUAGGUUGAUGUUUCUUGAUUAGGAAUGCUGUAAAGUUUUCUAUAGUAAUAAUAGUCCAUUUGGUUGUACAAUAAAAUGUUUUUGGUCAUGAUGAUUAGUAGCUUUUAUUGGCAUUACGUAAUGCAAUGAAUUUUUGGAAAUUCUUUUGCUCUGUCUCGGCCACAUAACUCCUUUCUUCGUUCUAUUUUGUACAUACCAAUUUGACAACUGUGUAAAUAUAAAAAGUUAUAAACUUGAUAAA